UUGUCAUCGUGUGUUGUUUAUAGACCCCAACAACUCAGUGUACCAUAUUUUCCAAUUUUGCACAAGUUGCUUAAGUAAUAAUGAUGAUGCGCAUUAGUCAAUUGCAAUCCCAGCCCCUCUACUCUGGGAAAUAGAAGCUGAAUUCGUUGUGCCUUAUAUUGAUAUUUAACACCUUAUUUGAAAGUGUGCUCACUGCUAGUACCAAAGGAUUAAGUAAAUGUAGAUUAAUGGUGUAGGUAUUUUUGGAUGAAAUGCCCUUCAAUUUUUCUUUUUUUUUUUAAGUAACUAACAAUUAUCUUUAUUGUUAAUAUUUUUUAUCACAUUCAAAUCUUCUUGACCUUUUUUCAACAGUAAAUAUAAAUGUAGUGGUGCAAAAUAUAUUUUUUACAUCAUUAGCUGUUUGUGCAGAAAAUUUGAAAAACAACAUGAAUUUUAAAACUGAGUUGUUAGAGACUGAACUGCCAACAGGUAUGUGAAUUUGAAUGUGAAAAGAUACAACUAAAAUCAUUUGAUUGGGCCACUUUAAGAUAAAAUUGGAGAGCAGUUGAUGGAUGUUUUGAAAGAAGUCAAAUUUUAUUGCUUAAUUAUAAACUAAGUUAACUUUUGGAACAAGUCCAGCCAAGAUCAGCAAAUAAAUCUAAGCUGAAUUGUGGAGCUUUUGAUGGACCAAAUGUCUUUUUGGAGGCCUGGAAAUUUGGUACCAGGCUAUAUGAUGCAAUGUGAAAAUUUCUGGUCUGUCUGAGACUGAUGCAUGGGUCACCAUGCAGUUAAGUUUUUUAAAGUGCACAUGACUCGAAAUUUUACCCUCCUUAUUUUUUCUUACAUUCAAAAAUAUAUGUUAUGAGAAGUAUUUCAGCAAAAAAAAGUAAGUCACAACGUUUCAAGAACACAUUUUAAAAUGCGAUUAAAGUUCGCAUUUUUUCUGCAAAAUAUGGGACAAGAGCCUGGGAAGGAAUAAUAGAGCUGUCACGUCAUCGGUUGUGUUGGAGAUGUUGUUCCGAGUGAUCAAGCCGUUGUUUUGAGUUAUUCUACUUGUCGUUUACGAGCUAAAUAUGUCGGAAACCGAUCACAGCAAUCAGGAGUUGGAGCAACUUCAGAAUACCCGUUCACAUCAUUUACAUGUGUCGGAAGGCUUUGAAGAAUGAGGCAUAACACAAUAGACGCUAUUCUUAUUUAGUGACAUGUAAAUGAGUGGCCGGGUAUUCUGAAGUUUAGCCCAGGAGUUCUCUUAUACAUCAUCUGAGGAUGAUGUAGAAUCAUUCUCAAGUUCUGAAGAAGUCAGUACAGGCAUCAUGGGCGAGAUAGUCGCUUACCAAGACGAACCUUUGGUGAACUCCGAUGAGAGUGACAGCAACGGACAAGAAGAGGAAUGACAAGGAUGAAGAUGGCUUAUCUUCUGCCACUUUAUCGCGAAGAUUUGAGAAAAUGGAACCUGCUAGUACAUGGUGUUCCUUUACCCAGUGCAGCGAUGCUAUGCUGGUAUCAGCUCGCGAGUUUAGGUGCAGCAUGGAAGUGGACUGUGCACGUGGAAAACUUACAUUUGAUGGAAGUAUUGAAUGGAUAUCGUGCAUCACACAGUCUGGAGACAGGUGGCACCGUUACUUCGGGACAGAAAUGGGAAAACGUCCCGCCGCAGGAAUGGCACCUCAGAAAACGAGUGAGGACAAUUGUUUACAUAACAGCAAGAUUUACAAUUGAUUUCUUAGAGCUUCAGCCUACAGGUGGCUGGUUUGAUGGAUCUUCAGCUACUUGGGCUGGGAGAAUAGUAGGCCAUUGCCAGCAUGUGUCUACCACAAUAUCAGAUCUAGGUGUGAGUCCCACAGCACAACUGGACAUACAUCAGCAGAAGAAAGGAACUGAGAUGUAAUCAUUAUUGUCCUAUUAUUUCUAAUAGAA